GAGGUGCUAUGGAAUUUUUUGUGCGCCUUUUUUUGAUUGUAGUCAAAUUAAUUGCUUUAUUUAUAAAUGUGCUGCAAACUCUUAAUCCAUUGAAAAAAGAGAAGCCUAAAGCUAAUGCUUUACCACCAAUUGAAAAUCAUUUGUUGACCUUAAGUGCUCAGGAGCUGCGUAAGCGCCUUUGUGAGGGUCAGAUAAGCUCGCUUGAACUAGUCUCUGCUUAUAUUGAGCGCAUCAAAGUUGUAAAUCCGCAGCUAAAUGCAGUCGCUCAGGAUUGCUUUGAGGCGAGCUUGGUCCAGGCAGCUAAAGUGGAUGCGCAGAUUGGCGACGCUAGCGAUGUAAAGAGCUUGUUUCAACAGCAGCCCCUGUUGGGCAUGCCAGUGACAGUAAAGGAGUCCUGUGGCCUGUCAGGAAUGUCCUUUGCCGUAGGCUCUUUGGCACGCAGUCAGUUAAAAGCACCAGCUGAUGGUGCUGUGGUGGCGCGUUUGCGCGCAGCCGGUGCCAUACCAUUGUUGGUAUCCGCCACGCCGGAGUAUUGCUUUUCCAUUGAUACGGAUACGCUGCUUAAUGGACGCUGUUGUAAUCCGUUUGAUCUUGAACGUACACCUGGAGGCAGCUCAGGAGGCGAAGGUGCCCUGAAUGGCGCAGGUGCCUCUCUUUUUGGCAUAGGCUCUGACAUUGGCGGCUCCAUACGUAUACCAAGUUUGUUUUGUGGAGUUUUUGGGCACAAGCCCACUGCUGGAGUUGUCUCAGUUGAGGGACACUUUCCGAACUCUAGCAAUGAUGACUUUAAUCAGUAUUUGGUAAUGGGUCCGAUUACACGAUUUGCCGUUGAUCUUGCACAGCUGCUGGAGAUCAUGGCUGGCACGCAAGCUGCCAAUAAGUUGCGUCUACAUGAGCCUGUUGAUUUGAAACAACUACAAGUACACUAUGCAUUGAACUUCGAAGGACUCAAUGGAUACAUGCAUCUUGCUGUGGAUGAGGACAUAAAAACGACUAUACGCAUGGCCGUAGUGCAUUUAAAAUCCCAGGGAUUACAAGUGCAGCGUGCCAACUUACCGGGCUUUCGUAAUUCACUAGAAAUUGGACUUGGUGGCAUUGCACGUUUAGAUAAAAUGGAUUUUCUGCUCACUGCACAACAGCCGUAUGAAAAAGUGGCCCAAAUACGCAAGACAUUGUGGGAACUACUACGCAGUCUGUGUGGUCAGUCAAAGUAUACAACUGGACCGCUGAUCUUUGAUCUCAUGAGACGCUCCAAUGCCUUUAUGCCAAGCAAACAGUUGGAAACCUAUCAACAAGAGGGACAGUCGUUAGCCACUGACUUGUCUCGACUGCUUGGCGAGAACGGCGUUUUGAUAUUUCCCACUUUACAUGCGCCGGCUUUUUCGCAUGGCGCCACUCCAAUACAGUUGUGGGGUGUUGACUAUACAUUGAUCUUCAAUAUUCUUGGCUUUCCCGUAACUCAUGUGCCUAUGGGUUUGAAUGAUGCUGGUUUACCAAUUGGAUUUUCUGUUGUAGCGGCACCCUUUCAGGACCGUCUUACUAUUCGAAUUGCAGUUGAGUUAGAACGUGUCUUUGGCGGAUGGCAACCACCAAGUCCUCAUAAAUUAGUUACUUAAAAAUGUAUAUUUUUAAAAGUC